AUGGACCGUCGCGUCGGGGUCCUGGCCCCGGUGCUGGUGGACUGGCUGGAUCGGGGCUGGGGCAGGGUGUCCUUCCGGAUAGCACAGAUGUUCACCGGACACGGGUGUUUCGGUGAUUUCCUGUGCCGAAUCCGGAAGGAAAGCACGAUUCGCUGCCACCAUUGCUCGAUGGAGACGGGAGAGGAGGGGGACACCGCGCUCUACACGCUGGCGAUAUGGGAGAGAGAGCGCGGUGUCCUAAGGGCGAGACUACCGCCCGGGGAGGAUUUGUUCCUCGGCAUGCUGGUACGGGCGAUGCUGAGGGACAAGUCCACAUGGGAAGCGGCCUUCUCUUUCUGCGAGACUGUAAUGUCGCGGAAGGAAGAGGCCGAGAGAGUCAGAAGGGGAGAGGGGGCCCUCGAGGGUCCCUAA